AUGGGGAAUGAAUUCCUAAGACAUUUCUGGGCAAGUUAUGGUUCUAAUGUUAAAGAAAAAAUGGAAAAGAAUAAAAGAAUGGUGGAACAGUUAAAAACUACAUUGACGAAAAUACGUAAACUACUAGAAAUUCAACUAGAUGAUGAUGAGUUGCAAAAAUUUCAGCAAUCCCAAACCAAAUUAAAUGUUAAUGGUGCCAAUAGCGUUAGUAAUGGUGGUGGUGGUGGUUCAUUAAAGCUUCAAAAAAAAAUUCUUAGACCAUUAAUUAAAUCAAUUGAAAAAGCUUUAACAUUACAUCGUGAAUUUAAUAAAAGAAAAGUGAAUCACGAGACAUUUUAUAUGCUCAAAAAAGAAGUUGCAAUUUCUAAAAGUUAUUUAUUGCAUAGAGGGAAAAUGGUUUCAACAGAACUGGGUUUAUUUUUCAAAGUACUAAAAAUCCGAUGA